GCGGUGGGUGGGUGUGAGGGUACCGUUUCCGUGCCCGCCGCCGCCAUGCGGGAGCGGAGGCCGGCACCGGCCGCUCCGGCCCGGUGCAAGCUGGUGCUGGUGGGUGACGUGCAGUGCGGCAAGACGGCCAUGCUGCAGGUGCUGGCCAAGGAUUGCUAUCCCGAGACGUACGUGCCCACCGUGUUUGAGAACUACACGGCGUGUCUGGCCAGCGAGGAGCAGCGGGUGGAACUGAGCCUCUGGGACACCUCCGGCUCCCCCUACUAUGACAACGUGCGUCCCCUGUGCUACAGCGACUCGGACGCCGUCCUGCUCUGCUUCGACGUCAGCCGGCCCGAGACCCUGGACAGCGCGGCCAAGAAGUGGAAGACAGAAAUCCUGGAUUAUUGCCCCAACACCCGGGUGCUGCUCAUCGGCUGCAAGACGGACCUGAGGACAGACCUGAGCACGCUCCUGGAGCUCUCACACCAGAAACAGGCCCCCAUCUCCUACGAGCAGGGCUGCGCGGCCGCCAGGCAGUUGGGAGCCGAGGGUUACCUGGAAUGCUCGGCUUUCACCUCGGAGAAGAGCGUGCACAGCAUCUUCCGGACCGUGUCCGGGCUCUGCCUGAGCAGCGCCGCCCCGCAGCCGCCCCGCAGCCCCGGCCGCAGCCUCUCCAAGCGCCUCCUGCACCUCCCCAGCCGCUCCGAGCUCAUCUCCUCCACCUUCAAGAAGGAAAAAGCAAAAAGCUGCUCCGUCAUGUGAAGGGGGGAAGGGAAGGACACACACACACCCACC